AUGCUCGGAAACUUUGAAAACGUGGGUGCAUUUACCCCUCAUUGCAAUGGUACCAGAUUGAGAUACGACCAAGCUUGUUUGGAAAUUAUAACAAAUGAAACUGUUUCGUUUUGGAGCCAAUACCAGGAAUGUGAAGAUUGCAUGCUUCUCGAAACUGUUAAAAUCCAAUCAACGAGAGGAAUAGUAUUGGAUACUAUAAGUCCUUUAAGAUAUGCUAUAAAGAAUGGCAAUGGCGAAAUUUGUAAUGGUACAUAUGAAUUUGGAGAGUUUGGACAAUACAGUAUAAAUGUGACUGAAAUAACAAAAGAUGAAUGCCUACCACGGAUGAAAGCAGAGCCUGAUGCCGCAUUCCUUCCAAUCCUUACAGCAGUUGUUGUAUUGUUGUCUAUGGCAACACUAUGGUACAUAGUGAAAGGUAUAGGCAAACGGGUUGUGGCAGGAAGAUUAUAUGCUAGAUAUUUUGCAAGGGAAGACAAUGAAUUGGGGUCUGAAACACGUGUUCUUACUACAGAAGCUAGCGUGCCUCGUUCUCCGACUAGAUCUCGUCUACGUUCAUUGGACAUAUUCAGAGGAUUCGCUAUAGCUCUUAUGAUCUUCGUCAAUGCUGGUGGUGGCGGUUACACGAUCUUCUCCCAUGCCACAUGGAAUGGCCUCAUGGUGGCUGAUGUGGUGUUCCCAUGGUUUGCCUUCGCAAUGGGUGAAGCCUUGGUUCUAUCUCUUAACGCGCGACUCAGGACUUCUAUGCCUCGUUGGACUGCUUUUGGACAGGUUGCCCGCAGAUCACUCCUCCUAUCCCUCAUAGGCAUAUGUCUGAGCUCGGUGAACGUGUCAUGGGUUAAUGUACGCUUCCCAGGUGUACUGCAACGCUUGGCCGCCAUGUACCUCAUAGUUGGAGCCCUGGAAUGUGCCUUCAUGAGGACCAGUCAGAAUAUUACACCGGGUCGGUCACUGUUCCGCGACAUCGCGGCCGGCUGGCAACAGUGGCUCGCUACCUGUCUGAUUGUUGCCAUACAUAUAUGCAUAACCCUGACAGUGGCGGCCCCUGGCUGUCCCCGGGGGUAUAUGGGGCCGGGGGGUCUCCACCGCACUGCCUUAGGCGAUUUCACCUUGAAGAAUUGCACUGGUGGUAUCGCUGGUUAUAUUGACAGAUUAAUCUUGGGAGAGUCACAUCUAUACAGUAGGGGUACAUACCAGAAGAUGUACCAGACGGUGGUGCCCCACGACCCUGAGGGUAUCUUGGGCAUACUCUCCGGAGUGCUGGUGGUGCAGGCCGGUGCUCAUGCUACAAGGAUCAUGCUGGCCUAUAAUCAUGCUAGAGCACGUAUAAUGCGAUGGGUAUUUUGGUCAAUUGUCUUCGGAGUGUCCGGAGGGGCUCUCUGUAUGUUCACCAAGAAUGGUGGUCCGAUACCAGUGAACAAGAACCUGUGGUCCGUUUCCUACUGCCUGGUGACAUCUUCCAUGGCCUUCUUCAUACAGGCUGUGCUGUACUUCCUUGUUGAUUUGAAGACCAAGUGGGGCGGACGGCCUUUGUAUUAUGCUGGUCAAAACGCUUUAUUCCUGUACAUAGGCAGCGAGCUACUCAAGAAGCACUUCCCGCUGUACUGGCACAUGGCUGCACCGGCGCACGCGCAGCUUCUGGCCGCGCACGCCGCCGCCAUGCUCAUGUGGCUGGCGGUGGCCGUCGCUCUGCACAGGAAACGCAUCUUCGUCACCAUA